GAAUAUCCAAAAGGAGGGGUUAUGACAGCAAGAGUGCAUGUGAGUGAGUAUAUUGGAGGAUUAGGCUAGAGAGAGAGAGAGUAUUGAACUACGUAAGGCACAAGACUCUCCACAGAAGCAAAAGAAACUGUAACCAGUAAGUUAAUUUAUGACUGCUUGACCUGCUGGAGCACAUCUGACCUGCAGCUUUCAGUGAGCAGAGUUUAUGGACAGACUGAUCAAUAGGGAACCGCACCUCUAAAUUUCCUUUCAGCCUUCAACAACAGCAAACAUGACAGCUGCCACAAGACUUUUGGAUGAGCUGUGUCAUUUAACAGUUCAGUCUCUAGAAACAAUGGAGCCAUUAGAUCACUUCCAAGUUAUUAAACUUCUUGGAGAGGGUUCAUAUGGCAAAGUCAUGCUAGCGGUGCACAAAAAGAGAGGAACCCCAAUGGCCCUUAAGUUCUUCCUGCGAGACUCUACCUGUCUCCUGUCAUUUCUGAGGGAGUAUAAUCUCUCUUUGGCCUUCUGCAAGCACCCCUCACUUACCUCAGCUUUGGGUAUCGCUUUCUCCACUCCCACUCACUAUGUGUUCGCCCAGCAGCCCUGCCUUUAUGGUGACCUCUAUGAUGUCAUCGUUCCUGAGGUUGGUCUGGAAGAGAGCCGUACCCAAGGAGUGGCUUCUCAGAUCAGCGGUGCCCUCUCUCACCUCCAUUCCCUUGGCUUUGUCCAUCGUGAUGUUAAGCCAGAGAACAUCUUUCUAUGCGAUCGCGACUGCCGCUGGGUCAAGCUUGGCGAUUUUGGCAUGGUGAAAGCUGCAGGGACUAGGGUCCCGUGUGUGUGGUACAGCUCCCCAUACUGCACGCCUGAGGCUGAGAUAGCAAAGAAAAAGGUGGAGAGCGAUUCAGGAGACACAGAUGUGGAUGACAAUGGGAACAAGCUAAAUGUGGACUUUGGCAAGACCCAAAGGAUUUUGGUGUCUGUGGAUCCCUGUACGGACAGCUGGGCAUUGGGCAUUUUAAUCUAUGCCAUGCUGAUGGGGAGCCUUCCAUGGUCUGAGACUGUUAAAGACAACACUGCAUAUAAAGGCUAUCUACAGUGGAGCAAAUGGGAAAGUUCUGCAUCAGAAGAUCAAUCCGAGGACCUCUAUCAGUUGGCACCACAGUUUGGGGCAUUCACUCCUCUUGUAGCCUCUCUUUUUAGGUCCCUGCUCCAUCCACUGUCCAGACUUCGUGGCCGGCCAGAUGAAGUAGAGAAGUACCUUGGGGGAGCUUGGCUUCUGGACAAGGAUGUCAGUGGGUGAUACGUCAAAGAAAGGACAAGUCUGAGAAUAGUAGAUUGUUGUUAUUUGGUCAUUCCCUCUUUAGUGGGAAAAAUGGUGAUGACUUCUUGGAAGAGGUUCCAAUGGUAACACACAUGAACUCUACAGAGGAGGAGACAAGGUGUAUAGGAAUACCGAAAAACUUGGGCCUCAAUCCACAGUCCGGCAACAUUACUGCACUCCGAAACAAUGUGCAAUGACUGUAAGGCUACACUGGAAUCUUUAAUAUUACAGUGGCGGCUUCACAUCGGAAGGCAUCUUAAUAACAUCUGUGUUUAUAAGACUGAAUAAAUACUGCCAGCCAUCUCCACUUUCCAAAGUCGUUUGGCAAUUUCAACAGCUCUUGCAAGUCCCUAAAUCAGGUCACUCAGCUGACAUCCUGAGCUGUUCUUUUUCAUUUUCAUGCAAACAGAACUUUUUGAACAACUAGAGAACAAUCUACUGAAAAUGAACAGCACUGUUAUUAAAUCAAACAAAUACCAUUUGGGAAUUUCCCUUAUAUGUUUCCUAAUAAUCUGAAGAAUGUUAGGGGGAAAACAGCUAUAGAUAUCCAUAGUACACUCAAAAAUUACUUUUGCUGCUUGUUUAAACUAAAAUGAGUUGAAACCACACAAUUCUUAUGUUUUUUUUUGGACAAAUUAUCUUUUUGGGACACCUACCUUGCAGUAGGUGAUUUCAGAAACAUUUUUUGUUGUACUGGUUGAAAGCCCCUUCACAUUCCACUAGUAAUGAUUAAAGUAAAUGAUCUAAAUGUGUUUAUAUGUAAUUUUAUAUUCUGGGUAAGCCAUAAGACUAAAAAAUGUUCAUUCAAUUAAUAAUUGUCAGGCAGAUAAUUCCCAUAAUUCAGAUAAGUAGCCCAGACUGUCUGUCAGCAAAUGUAGAUUUGAACAACUGCGCACUUUUUCAUGCAGAUUCGCCGAUGCGCAUUAAAGCGAGCCAUGGUCACAUAGACAUGAGUGAUAUCGCUAAAAACAAAUGCUGAAUCAAAACUUUUGAAAACUCUGAGUCAAUAUUGAAGUUACUUUUGCAAGUUGGAGGAAGGAUGACACCAUAGCUGAAGUAUUUCUGUUAGACUGGUAAUGUUAUGCUUUAAAACUAUUUUAG